AUGCGGCCAAUAUCAUCCCUGAAGUUUUACCAUAAAGACUUGAUAACUGUUAUACCAUCUAACAAUGUGGACUCAGAUGGUUCAUCAUCCGACAAUGAUGAAUUGCUGGAGCCGAACAAGUCAAUUCAGCAAUCCAGGAAACAAGUGCUCGUUACAGCAGCUGAGGGGACCGACCGACUAGAAAUUUUCCACACUUUACCACAAGAAAACUGUGAUCAUCUUCCAUCACCUGUUGAAAAUGUUGUAAAUGUAGUCCAGGAUUCUAAGACUCAUGAACGUUCUAUGGACUUCACAGUUCCCUUGGAUGCAAUUCCUACAACAAAAGUUGUUGAGAACAAAGGUUCCAAGAGCAUGAUUGAGCUAGCUUUCAGAGCACCAAGCAACACUGAUUCUAUCUCUUCCAAACCUUCAAGAGCCAGAAGAAAUAAGCAAAACGAGACCAUUACAAGGUCAACUCGUGCAAACACAAGUUUGAAACGCAAACCAAAAUCUCCCAUCUCUUCUGCCAGUGCCAGUGAAAAUUCUUCAACACACCAGUCACAGGAAAUUGCUUCAACAGUCUCUACUGACCUGAACAGCGGUAUUUUGGGGGAUUUUUCCACCAACAAAACAAACAAUUCAAUUUUAUUUGAUGGUCACAAGGGGAAAGAAAAUAUUUCUUCCAAUUCUACCAACUUGGAUCUUAAAUCUAAAAGUAGCCCUGCAAAACAACCUUCCCCGUUCAAAAGGUUGCACACAAGUAGUUCCAAGUCAACCUAA